AUGGCGCCGUCUGUGGGAACGAAGGGGACCUUUUCGUCACCGGAGUUCCUAAAUCCACCCAUUGAGAUCCACAUGGAGCUGGUUCUUACAAAUGGCAUAGAAGUAAAGCUACAGAGGAAUGCCCUUAGUGGGAUAGAAGAUCCCACCGACAGUGAGGAUGAUGAUGAUUUGGAAUUUGAUAACGUACAGUGGAAUGGAUCAGACAUGUCUAAGGGCUCUGUUCCCACACCUCGUGGGACUGCGAAAGUUGACCUCAGCAAAUUAGAGAUGGCUGCCUUGUGGAGAUAUUGGAGGCACUUCAAUCUUGUGGAUGUUGUCCCCAACCCAUCUAAAGAGCAACUAGUAGAUGUUGUUCAGAGGCAUUUUAUGUCCCAGCAAAUGGACGAGCUGCAGGUGAUUGUGGGAUUUGUUCAGUCUCUGCAAGCGAAGACAUGA